AUGAUACCGCCUGAAAAAUUCGUUCCUAUUGAUGAAGAAGGCGGACGGAAGAAACGAGUUUCCUACUUUUACGAUUCAGACAUCGGCGGCUUCCAUUAUGGCGAAGGACAUUGUAUGAAGCCCACUCGUAUCCGGAUGUGCCACUCCCUCGUGAUGAGCUACGGGUUAUACAAAAAGAUGGAGAUCUUCAGAGCUAAGCCGGCGUCAAAGCGUGAAAUGACCCAAUUUCACUCGGCGGAAUAUAUCGAUUUCUUAGCGCGCGUCAGCCCGAAUAGUCUGCGGUCUAAUAAACAGGAGCAGUAUAAAUACAACGUCGGAAACCUCGUCCAAGACUGUCCCGUCUUCGACGGGCUCUUCCAGUACUGCUCCAUCUCAGCUGGCGGAUCUCUAGAGGGCGCUGCGCGGCUCUCGCGGGGUAAAUGCGAUAUUGCGAUCAAUUGGGCGGGAGGCCUCCACCACGCUAAGAAAAGCGAGGCGAGUGGGUUUUGCUAUGUAAACGAUAUUGUACUGGCGAUACUCGAGUUGUUACGGCACCACACGCGCGUGCUGUACAUCGACAUCGACGUGCACCACGGCGACGGCGUCGAAGAGGCGUUCUACGCCACGGACAGAGUUAUGACGAUCAGCUUCCAUAAGUAUGGAGAGUAUUUUCCGGGAACGGGACAUAUCCGCGACAUAGGCGUCAAGAAAGGACGAUACUACUCCAUCAACGUGCCUCUGCACAGUAACAUAUCAGAUGAGAACUAUAAAGAUAUAUUCGAAACUAUCGUACAAAGCGCAAUGGAGACAUACAACCCAGGCGCCAUCGUCCUCCAAUGCGGCGCCGACUCGCUCGCGGGCGAUCGGCUGGGGUGCUUUAAUCUGUCUAUGCGAGGCGGCGGUGGAUACACGAUGCGGAACGUUGCGCGUGCGUGGGCUUAUGAGACGGGUGUUGCGGUUGGCGUUGAGUUGGCGGGUGAAAUCCCACAAACAGAAUACGCACCCUACUUCUCCUCCUCCUUCUCGCCCACCUCAAACACCCUCGACGUCCUCCCAUCCCCCACAGCACAAGACAUGAACACCCCGCACUCGAUCGCGCGGACGAAGCGGGUGGUGUUGGAGUAUUUGAGGGAGGUUGGGCGGGGUGGGGGGCCGAGUGUGCAGAUGUUCGACAUCCCGCCCCUCCCCGAGCUCGACGAGGAGAUGGACGAUCUCUUCGCGUCUUCCGCUUCCUCGCUUUCGCCCCUUAUCUUCAACUCCAACUCCCGGUCCAACUCCCGGUCCAACUCCAUCAACAGGUCCAACUCCAACUCCCGCUCCAACUCCAUCUUCAACUCGGAUGCAGGUUCCUCCGAGGCCAUGGACCUCGACCCCGACGAAGCACACAAAGACACGCGCCGCCCUAUCCACAUCCUCGAUGCGCGCGUGCAGGCGCUGCAUGGGGAUGAGGGUGUUUCGGACUCGGACUCGGAUGAUGAGGGCGAGGGGGGGAGGAGGGGGUGUAUGAGUUGGAGGGAGGGGGAGGGGGAGGGGGAGGAUGGAGAGGAGGAGGGGUUAGAUGAAGAGUUGGAUGGAGAGUUAAAUGGAAAGGAGGAGGGAGAGGAUGGGAAGGAGGAGGAGGAGGAGGAGGACAAAGAGGAGAAAGAGGUGGAGGAGGAGGAGCGAGAGGAUGGGAAAGAGGAGAAAGAGGUGGAGAUGGAGGUAGAGAUGGUGGAUGUGGAGAUGGAGAUGGCGAGCACGAGCACGAGCGCGGAAAGCGGCGAAGGCGCGUCAAAGUCGAAUCGCGCGUGA